UAAGUUCAUGAUGUCUGAAAAUAUUUGUUGAAAUAUUCAGCAGAUGGCGACACUAUUUUUUAAAUUCCAUAGCCAUGGCUGACGGUCACUGAACUCAAUGAGAUGCACGUGUUCGAGAUUUCGGCGCAGAGCAGUGAAGACCUCGCGCAGGGGUCUUACGGUAAGCAGGGUAUUAGCACGCUUUUCCUGCGGAACCCCUACUUUUCCUUGUUCCCGACCCCCUAAAAUGGCUGCUAGAAUCUUGUGUUUUCCGUUUUUGGCAACGGAGGCGUGACUAAAAUUUGUGAACACAAAUUUAAUCCCCCUUUCUUGUCACCCCUCUUAUUUCUUUGCUGAUCCCGCGCAUUGAGUGAGUUAAUAUCGUUGGAACGGUGGGUGGUGUGCAGAGGAGUAGUUCGGUGAAGGGGAUUAAGAAGGUACCUCCUCCAGUGGUACCCACCUUAAAUGUGAAGACUACCCAUUUUAGAAAAAGCCCCUGUAUCUGCAAUGGCGAUGACCAACUGACCGUUGAAUUAGAUUCAGACAGUGACUACACGAAACCACCUAGGUCACCAUUAAACGGUGAGAGUUUUAUACAGCCUUUCUAUAAUAGUGCCUCACACCUAUCACAUCCCAUGAGGAAGAUGACUCCCGGCGGCGGCUCUAAUGGCCAGAUUCACUUAACUCAUGUCAUCGUACACAGUCAACCCGAUAGCUUGCCAAGUACACCUUCAGAUGCUGGUCAUUCCCCUAGCCUGUCAAAAGGAAGAUUAAUGAGUGGCACGCAGGCCUCUUUAGAAGAUCAAGGUAUCGAUAUGAACAGCCCAGGAAGGCAUAGCCCUGGUGGUAGUAGCGGCGGGAGCAGUAUUUCGAGACAUUCUUUAUCUAGUCUGGACAGUGGACGAGCUUCAGGGCCUGGUUCUGAUGGAGGUGGAAAGGCUGUGAACCGUAGACUGUCCAUCCAAAGCUAUGAAGGUUCCUCACCACAGCGACGAUCUUAUCAUAGUUCGAGUUCUAGCAUUGCCAGCGUAGGAGACGAUUUGGGGCCGGGACCCAACGUUGCCGAAAUGGUCUUGCAUGGGCUACCGGAUGUUGAAGUACUAAGUAGUUGGUUGGCCACUCUCCACUUUGAAGAAUACAUCCCAUUGUUCCUGCUGGCAGGCUACGAUAUGCCGACCAUUACCAGAAUGACACCUGAGGAUCUUACAGCUAUUGGCAUUACAAAACCAAAUCAUAGAAGAAAAUUAAAAGCCGAAAUUGCAAAAUUAAAUAUAGCUGAUGGCAUUCCAGAAUAUAAACCUGAUAACUUAUUGGAAUGGUUGACACUCUUACGCCUUGAUGAGUAUUAUGAUACUUUGUGUCGUCAAAAUUAUGACACUGUAGAUAAAGUUACUGAUUUAACAUGGGAAGAUUUAGAAGACAUAGGUAUUCAAAAAUUAGGGCACCAAAAGAAGAUUUUGCUCGCAAUCAAAAGGAUAGAAGACAUAAAUCAUGGUCGUAAGCCCAAUUUGUGUCCUCAACCAAUUUCUAACAAUCGAAUAGAUAGUUCUAUCAUUGGGUCUUCAACAUUUCCUCGCCCUUCUACCCUUAAUAAUGUACAACCAUUGCACUAUCCAACUCAAGAAAUAGCAAUAGCAACUCAGCGUCCAAAGAGUUCACCGUCCACUGAGUCCAUCCCGGAAAUGAAAACUUUUCAACAGUCACCAUUACGGGAGGACAGUCUUUUCUUGCAAGCUGUUCAUAAUUCCGCUCAGAAUGUAGCUACAGUUUAUAGUUCUGCACCAAACAUAACAGUUGCUUACAACUCUGUACAGAAUACCACAGCUCCUCUUAUUAAUUCUGUACAAAACUCUAUUUCAACACACAACUCUUCAACUUACCAGACAACUCAGGAUGUCUUAGCUGCUCAAAGUAGUGCACAGAGUAACCAAACUCUUUAUGAUAGCACACAAAGUGUCCCUGGUACUCAAAAUUCAAGUCAAAAUAUAAAUGCUGUGCAACAUCGCAAUGGUGCUCUAAAUCCAGUACUUUCACCUACAAGAGGUAAAUCGCUAGAAAGCCUUAAUCCUGAAAAUGUACCUACUACCAAUAAUAGUGUAGCUCCAACUUCAUCAUCUUGUGCAACAGUUGUGCAGCAGCCAACAUUAGCAGAAACUUCGAGAAAUCCAACCAAAGAUUGGCAUGUCACUGACCUUGAUCAAGACUAUGAUUAUGAAUGUGAGGGAACAGCUACUUUAAACAGGCCAAAAGGUCUAGUAAAGCUGAGGCCCAUGGCCAAACUCACUGCCAAAACACGAGAAGAAAUUGCUGAAGCAAUUAUGGACAUACCUGACAGUGAAUUCAAAUCUCUCAUCAAUAAUCAAAGUCGAACUUUAGAUGGCUGGUCUAGCUUAGAUGGUUCUCCUAGACAUGGACCUUCCACAGUUCCCAGAAGCGCAACCCUUAGGAGAGCUCCGCCACCCGUACCUAAGCGGAGCAAUUCUGCCAAGGGAGAUAAACCUCCUGCAGAACCUCCUAGAGAGUCUGCUGUUGCCAGGCUACGCAUCAAUCCAGCAAAAAUCAAAUCCUCCCUGGAAAGUAAUUCUCAGAGUGUUGAAGACUUUCCACCACCACCUUUACCAUUGCCUUCAGCGUUGGAUGACAAAUCUAGCAAAGAUGCACCUGAAAAAGAAUCUGGUGAUGAACUGUUCAACAAUCCUUUGUUCAGGCAAAGAAGGAAAGACUCUGCGGAAUCGUCUUCCAGUGUUGACUCCACUGCUUUGCCCUUUGCAAAUGAAGCUGUAGGUACUAUCAAGCAAAAAGCCAUCAAACCAUAUCCGGCUCUCCCUAUAGAAAGAGCCUCCAAAGCUCAAAAAGCCAAAGGUCCUUCUGAAAACUCUCGGUCAAAUAAUGAGCACGAGUACGACAUGACACCAGAAGCAAUAUCUCCAGGAGAUGUUAUUGAUGAUAUAGAAAAUAUGUUAGCGAAUCUAUCAGACCAACUAGAUGCCAUGCUGGAUGAUGAAGUCCAAAAGUAACUUUGUACAUAUAUAUAUUAUAUAUAAUAUAUUUGCAAUAAAAUAUAAUAAGUGAUAAUGUUGCACAAUAAGUAAUAUUCCAGGACUGCCUGGUGCAGUGACAAAAGCUGGAUUUAGUGACUGUAAAAGCAACCUAGAAUCCAUAUUCAAAGUUGGAGGAAAAUAACAUUUUUAUGUUUUUAUUUAAGAUGUGAUGAAAUUCUAUAAAACUUUUUAAAAUAGUUUGUUUUGUAAACAAAAAUACUCGAGACUGUAUAAAAUACAUGUACAUAUUUUAGUUCCAUGAUCAGAAGAAUAGAACUAAAAGAGUUCCUGAGUUGUAACACUUUAGCAAAACAAUGUGGAAAUAUUUCUAAAAAAAGAUUCAACCUUUGUCAUUUUUCAUUUUGUGUGUAUAUAUUUAUUUUAUUUUGAAUACAAAAAAGAAAUUUAAUUGUAUAAAACCAUGAAAUACAAUCAUUUAUAGAUAUUUUAUGAAUGAGUGAUAAAGUAUUCUUGAAACUUGGAAAAAAUGAUCCAAUGUUUUUUCUUUUCACAUUUAUCAUCUACAUUGCAAAUAACAUUUUAAGUAAAGAUUAAAAUCAUAUUUGCCUAUGAUAAGCAGAUUUGGAUGUGUUUUUAGUUUAAAAAUAAGUCAUAUUGAAAAAAAAAAUGCUCUAAGUUCAUAGAUAAAUAUUUAUUUUGAGACGCCACAAAUAUAAUGAAGAGGUGUAAAAUUUAGAUAGAAAUAUUUAGAAAUGUAUAAGAAAUAUUUCAAAACAUUACAAAUGUAUAAAGAGGUGUAUAAAUUAAAUGUACAUCAAGUAUAUCUUGUAUCAAUAAUUCAUUUGUCAGUUUUCACAUAGAUAAAUAUAUAUAUACAUAUACCAAUAGAGAAUGCUUACAAAUAUAUAUGUUUAAUAAAACAGAUUUGGAUAUCCUUUUAAUUGAACACAAAAAUUAAUUUAAAAAAAAAACUGUAUACUAGAUAAAAUCAAAAGUUACUCAAAAUACUAAUAUAUUUAAAGCAUUAAAAACUAACUAGAAAUAAUAAUAAAUUCAAAAUAUGUAAUUUAUUUUUCAAAUGACAUGCAUAUGUACUAAUAUAAAACUCAUAUUCAUAUAAUUUAAACUUGUUGCAGUGUUGACGAAGCUAGUUCUUAUGCCAUUAAACUCAACAUUUAACUUCACUUAUAAAUAAUCCUAAAUGUUACCUUCAUUUCACCGUAUAAUUUCAAUUUUCAGUUACUUCAUCCUCAAAGGCAGAUACUAAAUGUUUGUUUCUAUAUUUAGAAAUAAAUUUUUUAAUACUUCAUUUAUAUUUAAAAAUUAUGAAAUAAGAUUCUUUGCAUUUAUUAAAAAUAUUAUUUAAGAAUCUUUUUAUGUUAUUUGAAAACCAUGUCAACACUAAAUUGUAGUUCAGUAUUUUGAAAAAAAUUUUGUUUGUUUUUUAUAUGUUUAAUUGUGAUUUAUUGUAAGAACUUAUGUCUUUAUGUGAUUAUGUUUCAUGGUUAAAAAAAAGUCUUAAAAUAAGAUUUAAAUUUUAUCAAAAAAUGUGCAAUAUAAAGUAUUUUCAUUAAUCUUUUUAAUAAGCUGUUUCUUAACUUUUAGAAUGAAUGUAUAAUUUUUUGGCUUACUGUAUUCUUUGUAAUGUUACUAAACAGAUAAUUUUAUUUCAAAUAUAUUCAUACUUUCUAACUUUUUAUAAAAGUUCAGUGUUUUCUCAAGCUUUUGUGCCUUUCAAAGCUUUUCAAGAUAGUUUUAUGAGCAAUGUUUAUAAAACUGUUAUAUUUUUCCUUUGAACUAUUAACUUGCAUAAAAUAUUAUUUUUUAAAAGUUAAUGUGUUUUAUAUAUGAUUAGCUUCUAAAAGCUGUUUCUUGUUAAAAUAGCCUUAGGUGUACCUAAGCUAUUUUAAUAAAGUGUAUUAAGAAUCUCAUAAUGACAAAAAGAAAAUUGAUUUCAAAAUUUCACUUUGUUACACCUUUAAAAUAUUUAAUGCAUAUUAUUGUAUCUAUCAUAUAACAUUUGCGAAAUUAAAUGUUUCAAUCUAUUUUCAUCUCUUGUAUUUGUAAAAAGUAAUUAAUAACUAACAAUGAGAGACAUUACCAUUAUUGUAUACAGAUAUCAUCGAAUUUAACUUUUUUCACAAUUCACAAAUAAUUAUGAAGAAAAUAAUAUAUCACUUUUAGUAUUAUAUUUACAUUAAACUCAACUAAGUAUUAAUAAGUUGACAAUCUUAUAUACUUCAUUAGAGCAUAAAAGAAUUAUGUGAUUCAAUUUUAUGUUGAUAGUUAAUAAGAACUCACAAUUCAGCUCAUGCACUAAUAUUCUGAAAAUAUGUUUCUGUAAGUCUUUUAGAUGUAAGCAGAAAGUGAUGAAAUCGAAAGAAAGGAAAGAUUAAAAAAAAAUUAUUAAACUAAAAAUUUCAGAUGUUUUAUUUUUAGUCUACUGAUGCUGCCAAUAGUUAAAUGACUAUGAAAUAGAAAAUAAGUGAAGAUGCGAGUCUAAUUAAAUAAAUAUUUAAAAAUCUGUAUUAUUAAUAAUGUUAACUUUUUAUUGGGUAAAUUAAGCUUUGGUUGAUCUUAAAAGUAAAACUUUUUUCAUGGAUGUUGCAGGCAUCGAAUUUUUCAGGAGGAUGAAAUUAAAAUCCACAUCCGUAAUAGUUCUCUAAAUUUCACAUAUAAGACAGGGUGCGUAGCGUUUUUAAAAAAUGCUUAUUUUCGAUUUUCAAAAGCCCUUAAAGGUGCUUUUUUCAUCGAGUGUUUUUAAAAAUUGCUUAAUUUUCCCUUUUUCAAAAUGAGAUUUUUCCUUUACCGUGUUGAUUUCAGCUGCGAAUUAUGCAAAAAGACGCUGUUCACAUUUUUCUAUUCAACGUUUUUACGAUUCAUUCAACCCCAAUCUAUUUCGGCGUAUUGUCAGACCGUAGCUAAUCCGUAAUUAAUAAGACAAAACUUCAUGAUUUUUAACAAAUGUCAAAUACAAUGGCAAAAGUUUUUUUUUUUUUUGACAUGAUGGUUGAAA